GAAGAAAUGAAUGAGAAUAAUGUAAAUGAAGACGAAUUCUCAAGUUAUAUUUAUAUUAACGAUUUUGAUAAUCUUGGGAUUCUGAAUACCUGCUUACGGAUGCCAACAUCAGCAGCUACUCAUAUAGCUAAAGAGGAUUUAGAAAUUGCUGCUCAAACAGGAAUUAUAAAAUCAAACAGAACAAAAAUUCUUGACAUAAAACCCGACCGAACGGCCAUGAAGGAACUUCUUACACAUUUAUUUGAAGUUUGCGGCAAGCUUUACGAGGAUAUUCCUCCUGUGUUUCGCCAGUCCCACGUUACCCUGGCACUGUAUCUAAAGCACUGUCUAAUGAACAGAGAACCAAACACUGAGGAGUUUUCUAGAAGACAUAAAUACAUCCAAUAUGAUGGUUUACUAAAAGAAAAAGUGGAAAAUAAAGUUCUAACCUACAAUGCAGUUUGAAAACUGAGAGAACUAUAGACAUACGUUCAAAAUAAUUCAUUAGAAAUUUUAUUUUUUAUCAAGAACAUUAAUUUUGAAUAA